AUGUCCUGGCCUCGCUCCAGCUUCGCGGCGCACAAGCUGACCGAGGUGGAGGACUCCGACACGACCCUGCUGCACCACCUCACGCGGCUCCAGCAGGCCUACCAGAGUCGGCUGCCGCCCACUCUAGCCGAGGACGAAAACCUCGGCUUCGAUCUCAACGCCGGGAGGGCCGGUGCGCAAGCACGGCUGGCAUUGUUGUUCGACCCAAAGGACCGCAAGCAGCGGCUCGGGCCCGAGACGGCGCAGGCAGUCUUCCGCGCGCUGACAGGGCCGAACGCACAGGGCGCGUGCUGGAAGGGGUGGCGGCAGAGCGGCUUUGGCGAGACGCAGGUCAGCGGCCCGCGGGCUGCUGUCGUCCACGCGGAGGCCAUCGUCGCUUGCUUCGAGCGGCUGUGGGGCCAGCCGGCGGUGUGCGAGGGCGUACCCACGACCAUCCUGCGCCCGCCUCGCAGCGCAGCGCUCGGCGCGCACGUGGACUCGGCGUCCCUGCUCGAGCUGUACGUGGAAUGCCGCUCGCUGGCCUUGGCUGCCACGCGCGCGGCGGGAGCGACAGAGAGCCUCGAGCGUCAGUGGGCGGCGCUGCACGGCUGCCAGGCGCUCCCGAGCGUCUCCCGCUUCCUCGCGCGGGGCGGCCCCGUCUUUGCGCCAUUCUUCAGCAAGGCCGCGCUGCUCGCGCUCAACGAGGUGCUCGCCGCCCUCGAGCUGCCCGCCGCCAACGCCGCUCCGACGCGGCCCGGCGUGGCGACGGCCGCGUGGCUGCAGCGGCUCGAGUCGCGCGGUAAGCUCGCCGAGCUGCGGCUCGUGCUGCGAGCGGCGCUGCCUCCCGACGGCCCCGUGGUGCCCGCGCCGAUGGUGCCGGCGGCAGCGGCCGGAGACGCCCGCGGCGAGAGCUGCGCCGGCGGCUGGCAGUACCCGCUGUGCGUGACGUGGCUCCGCGGCUUCCCGCACAUGGCUCGCGAGGGCGGGCUGCGGCUCACCUUUGUGCCGUGCUUGCUGCCGCGGCCGCCGGCGACGGCGGCGGGGCUCGAGAGGAUGGAGACCAUCGAGGCCGAGCGGCGGCGCACCCUCCGGCGGGCGCAGCUCAUGCAGCAGGGCGAGUACGCCGCCAUCCGAGCCGACUCGCAGCUGAGCCGACCAAUCGCUGGUGGGGCGGUGCACUCGCAUCCAGAGCAGGAGGAGCAGAUGCACCGCGACUACGACCGGAGCGCGUACGCCACCGUGGAGGAGCUGCAGGCGUACGACCUGCUCACGGCGCGGCUCAACGCUCGAGCCGUCGAGGCCAUGCGCCUCGAGAUGGAGGGCGGGGAGGACGAGCGUGGGAGGGAGGCGAGCGGGCAGAAGCGUGGCAGGGACGCGGAAAGGCAGAUCUCAGUGUGA